GGCAACCAAAAUUUUCAACUCUAUCCGUAAUGGACAAAUGAAAAAUGUACAGAAAUUUGCCUACUUUAUGGUUUUGGAUUUCGAAGCGACUUGUGAACAAGAUAGAAAACUUCCAGUUGCUGAAAUUAUCGAAUUUCCCGUUCUCAUGAUAAAUGCUUCUACAUUGCAAACUGAAGCUGUUUUCCAUCGCUAUGUUCGUCCUACUAUUAAUCCAGUAUUAAGUGACUUUUGUACAGAACUAACUGGUAUAAUACAAUCCAUGGUAGACGAUCAACCGGAUUUAUCAACUGUACUCAAAAUUUUUAAUUCAUUUUUAGAUGCGAAUAAUUUAAAUACUAUUCCUUAUCAAUUUGCUUUUGUGACGUGUGGUGACUGCGAUUUAAAAACAAUGUUACCAAGGCAAUGCAAGGCUCUAGGUAUAGAUGUUCCUGACUACUUCAAACAAUGGAUAAAUUUAAAACAGGUAUAUUGCAAUGUUAUGGGUCAAUUUCCAUUCGGUAUGAUGUCCAUGCUGUCGGGACUAAAUAUAAAGCACACUGGUCGUCAUCACAGUGGUAUUGAUGAUUGUCAUAAUAUUGCAAAUAUUUUACGUGAAUUAAUUCGAUGUGGUGCUACCCCAGAUGUUACUGGAAACAUAAAAUAAUAUAUUUUGUUUAAACAUAUGUUGAUUGCAUAUCUAACAUAAGGAAAUCGUGGCCAAAGAUUCAAACCAUAACACGAUAUAUAACGUGAGAUAAAGCAUAAAUUGACAACCGAAGUUCUGCAAAACAAUUCUCAAUCUUAUUAUCAUUAAUGUGGGUUUAGUAACUCGAAGGAGGAUUCAGCAACAAAUCUUUUGUGUGGAUACAUAAUCCGGAAACUAGUAUUAGGUGCACGGUUCUUAGUCAUCUUGUACUCUUGACGCUCACAUUAUCUGACUGGUUCGAAACUGUGUACAUAAGACACAUCUAAUUACAAUGUUGAUGAAUGUAAGGAAGUCUAAAAUAGAGUUUACUAAUUUAAUAAGAUGCUAUAAAACACGUGAGAUAAACUUUUAAAAAUACACCCGAAUAGAAACGUGGUAAACAUUCAGAAAACUGGUGUGAUACAAAGUCAGACUCCCGCAUAUUGUUUAAGAAGAUACCCACCCUUCAGCGAUAUUUUUUUCAGUGGUACAAGCUGUUUUCCUACAUCUCGUUUGGCUUUUCUAGAACAUCUCUUCCAAAGCACGUACAGUUGAUGGCACGCGCUGCAUAACGUCAGGCUUUUUUGGUGAUUUCUGUCUCAAAGUCAAAAAAUUUGAUGCAUAAUGAUGAGUUCCAUUCAGUUGAUUUUUCCACAAUGAUUCGCAGUGUCGCGAUUUGGUCGGUACGCGAUCGUUCCUAAUGAGUUGAAGUCUGUUGACGUCGAAGUUUAGCGUUUACUGGAUCUCCCGAAUGGUCCAACAACUCUCUCCUGAAGGCUUUGCCUGUUACACAAAGUAGUGUAACUGUUCUGUAGUUUUCUCGUUCACUUAAAUCUUUUUAUUUGAAACUUGAAUGUUGUACCUUUCUUUUAAGUUUGUUGUUUCUCGUUCUUCGCCCCAAAUCUUUCUGAAGAGAAUUUGGGACAUUUCUCCAAUUACUUCUUUGUUUGAUUUCAGCGCUUCAGAUGGUAUACUGUCUCAUCUGUCUGCUUCCUCACUCUUGCGUAACCCGACAGCCAUGCUUAUUCCUCGAGCAGUUGGUCGUGCAACAUGUGUAGCAACGUACAUAGGUGUUUUCACAGUGUCUGUGGUUCACUGAAGCUGAUUAACCUAAGAGUGCAUCUAAGUUUACUAAUCUCUUUUGCUAUUCUCGAGUUCCAGUGGUCGGUUUACGUCUUUUGUUCUAGUUUUGCAUCUAGUUUCUUCGUUUUAUGAUAUAGUGCUCUCUUAUGUCCUCUCUCAAGUCUUCUACGUAUUUCUAUUUGUUAGCUCCAUUGCUUCUCUAGAUCCGCUUGCUUACCUCUGCACGCUUAAUCUAUGACUUUGCUUUGUCUGCUCUCGUUCGACUGCUGUUCAUUGCUUCUUUGAUCCUUUUACAGUUAUACUACAAAGUAGUUUCUUCUUUCACUACAUGUUGUUGGGAAUCACUUUGGAUUAUUUGGGUUUGUCAGCAUCUCGAACGAAGGUUGUAUCAGACCUGUCUCAUGCUGAUUUGCCAGACGUUCAGUGCUUUCUUAGUCCCAGUUUCAUCUAGAAGGCAUUCCAGGUCUUCGUGUCUUCUACUGACCUUCUGAAUCUUCUAGUGAUACAAAUAUGAUACAUCUGGUUCUCAGUAGUAUGGUGAGGCGGGACCUGUAAAACUUUGUGUACUGUGUCUUCAACAACUAUUUUGUUGUGAACACAUAAAACUACAAGUUUCCUACCAUUCUUGUUGAUUCUCCUCAUAUAAUUCCGUCUCAGGAUAUCUCCAAAGUUGAUGUUGUCCAUUUUGACUGUUGCGUCUAUUUCUCACAUUAGCAUGGGCAGUUUCUCUCCUGGGGGCUUCUAUGCUGUUAACUUCAGCUUCUCAUAAAGUCAAGCGUUGGCAUGUUCGCUGCCAUCGUUGAUAAGUGCAUAACAGUGGAUGAUAUUCAGGGUCAGUGCGUUUCCUUGUGCAUGCGAAGUACUUUCUUAUUCAUGACCAGAGUAAAAGAACGCUUCCAAUGAAGCUAUAUUUUCCUUUACCAAACAUGCAUUCCAUUAAUUUUUAUUUCCUGAUUCGUCCCCUCUUUAUUACCCCAGACUACUUAAUAAGAUUUAGAAACCGAAUGCUUCUAAUAACUUCUAACACCUAGCAUGAUUUAAAUAUGACAUUGUAUAAUAUUCUUGAGUAUGUGAAAAACGUGAUUGUAGUCAGUUUACUUGUUAUUACUAUCACUUUGUGUUAUAAAUCUUGAAAGUCACAAUUCAAUUUUGAUAAUCCAUUGGGCGCUCGUUUUAUUCAGUCACAUUUUAUUUACAGUACUCCUCGUCCCCAAUUUGAUACAAAUCGAUUAGAUGGAAUCGUCUAGAAGGAUCUGCAGGAAUAUUUCCUUCCAUGCAAGGAUGGUUGUGCACAGCUUUAAUGAUGGUGACCUUUAGCUCAAUUCUUGCCGCACGGACCUAAAAUCCAGAAUGGCAGUGGCAACAUUAAGAUCUUAAGAAUAUGAGGCGAAGAAGGGCCUGUUCCAUGACACCUAAUCAAAAACCAUUCGCUAUGGAGGCAUCCGUAUGCGAAAAAUAUCUGGCAACAAAAUACUUUCGAGUAGGGUCACCUUUAUUCUUUUUACAUACUGAUGUUAUAUAUUCAGUGUGCGUAUACCACACAAAGAAUUAUCAUUCAAAGAAGUCCUUUCACUUUAUCUAUUGCUUCAAUAAAAAUCUAAAAUUUGUUUCGACUGUUAAAUCUUUGCGAUAACGUAAUUACAUAGUUAUGUUAUGGGUCAUUACGAUGGCGCACGAAUCGCUAGGAUUUCCUGUUAUUUGCAUUUCUUUCAAUAAGUUUCAUAAUUUGUACAAUAUACAUUAUUGAACUUAAAAUUGUUGUUUGAAAAAAUCGAUGACCUUCGAGCUUUUAUUCCCUUUUUGAAGACCUCGUCAUGAUUACGCUCCCGCCAGUAAUAAUCUCCGACGUUAUAGCAAGAAGGUCCACAAACCGCCAUCUAAUAAACUAAAGGUGGGGUCCCGUUUUUCUCACCGAGUUGUCAAUGACUGAAACGCCUACCCGAAAAUUUUUAUCAGCCAAUCAGCGAACAUUUUCAAGGAGAAGCUGGAUCUUCACUGGAAGGCGAACUGUCAGCAUUAACACGGGUUCACCAACCUACUAUCCUUAUUGCUGAAAACUGAGAACAUGCUUUAUCUAGAUUUACAUCUCGGAUUAUGGUAAUUAUAGUUGAAAUUACUAACUGUGGAUUACGGGACCUGACAAUUUAAGUAACGUCAUGUAUAUUUUCCUUGCGUGUGUAAUUUACGCUUGGCGUACUAACAUAUUAACGUUGCUUCGUAUUAACUCAUUAUUUUUAUAGUUGAUAUAUUUUCGUCAAACACAAUAAUAAAACCAUCGUUACUUGAAGGAUGGAGAUUAUAAGACAUUUCAAUUUCUGUGUUAAAAGUGUUUUAUGUAGUAUUCUUCAAGUUCCAGUCAGUGAGUAUGCGUGUGUAUGAGUGAGUGUGAGAGUGAGUGAGUGAGUGUGGAUGG